GUUACACGUGUGGACAAUUCAUAAGUUUCUCAUUUGGAAUACCUUCACAUUCAUAAAGGUGGGCUUUUGAUGAAGCCGGUGUUACCAAGAUGAUAUUAGAAUUGAACUUUCUGAAUAUCUCUCCAAAACAGAUAUAAGUACCUUUUUGGAAUCUAAUACAUGUUGUUCCGUUUACCAUGAUUAGUUACCGUAGGAGACGGAAAUUUACAAAGUAAAAGAGCAAAAAUGUUUGGAAUUUGGGGUGAAAUGUAAAAGAAAAAUAACCAUAAAGAUAACCAUAAUGGCGCGUAAGCCACUUUCAACGAUUGACUGGAAGCAGAAACACGAGAGGAGUGUAGAUCAAAUUUUCGCAGAGCCAUUAAAAGAAAUAGAAUCAUCGUCGUCUCAAUUCAUCAACGUUCACGACAAGAUUGAACAAUAUGAGCAAAAAUCUAGAUUAAACUUUAACAAAAACCGAGCUGCUCCACCUCCUCCAGGGACUCAAGUAUUUUUGCCAAAAAUUGGAAAUUAUACGCCAAAAAUAUUGUUAUCUAGAAAUAGCAGUAAGGCAUCUGCUCCAAAGUCACCAUAUGAAGAUACAAAUAUACCAGAUUUCCCACCUAAUGAAAUUAAAAUUUAUAACAAACAAUAUUCAUUUGAGCAGACGACAGAAAGAAAGUUGUCGUCUGCUGAAUCGUUAAAGACGAAAUCAAAAUCAGAGUGCAAUAUAAAUUCAGAAGAAGAUAUCUAUCAUACAAUUGAUAUAAAACCUGAUUAUGAAGAAAAUAAGAUAGAGGAGAAGAAAGUUAUGAUAAUUGGGGACAAAGAUGUCCCACUUGUUCUGGAUACUUACUUUGGAGCAGAUGAUGAUGAUGAUGAAGACAAUGAAAAUUCGUCAAUUACAGAAAUUAAUUCUAAUGUUACACCCAGAUACGAUGCUGAAGACGCUAAAGCUUUCGCGGAUCAUGACACAAUAGUAAAUGUCGGUGAGGUUGUGGUUAAUCCUUUAUUUGAAGGUAAACAAGAAGACAAUCAUCUUCAUACAGAAACAGAAAACGAAACUCCAAGGCAUUACAAGAAGAGGAGGGCACCUGGUGUACCGACAUCAUCAUAUGUGAGUCGACGACGCAACAAUUCACAAUCAUCGCAUGCCUCAGACGACGAAUAUCCUUAUAUUCCAGAACCUGAUUACGAGGAACACGAGGCGACGAUGAAUUUUGAUUUUGUCGAAAACAACGACCAGCCAAUUCCACCACCGCGGCGCAACCGGCGUAACCGAAAGGUGGUAAAAGAAUACGACGGAGAGGAUUUCUCUCAAUAUAUGGAAGACGAUGACGGCUUCCACGAACAGCCUUUUACAUGGAGGAAAAAUAUCAAACACGCAAGGACACCCAAUACUAAAACUAAACAACCACCGAUUCAAAAAUCAAAGUACUCGGAACGUUCAAAGAUGAGCGCCCCUAAACUGAAGCCUGUUAAAAAGCCAAAACAUACCGAGACGCAACACGGUAGUAUGAAAAGACAAACAUUACGAGAUAUAACCUAUGCUGAUUGUAAAAUGGGCGUAGAUGAUAGGACUAUACGAAGUGUUAAAAGUACGUCCGCUGGAGGGCGUUAUAUUAAGCGCGGGAAAGAACGGACUAUGAUUGUUGAUGGAGAUAUAGGAACUGGUGGAUAUGAAGAAUUUCUAAGAAUGAGACACAAAGAGGACGGAAGUCUAGAGAGUAAUAGUAGUGGCGAUAGUGGUCUAGAUCCUGGUGAAGAUAUUAUUGCACAAGAACAAAUGUUUUAUCAAAUGCAACCAAAAAAUGUAAGAGACAAAAAGUCAGGAACUUUGUGGGAAAAGUUGACAUGGCGUUUUAAACGUCAUGCAGGUGAUUAUAGGAUGAGCUAAAUUACGGCAUCAAUGAAUCUCUUCUCUCUUUGUUUAGUAUGUUUGUCAUUUGUUCCAAAAUGUUUCAGCUGUGAUAGAUCAGGACAUUCGGGGAUACUGAUUUGAUAUCAUUUAUUAACUUUUAAGAGGUGUCUUUUAAGCCGAAAUCCGGCAUACCAGCCAUGAUUGAGUUGUUGUGAACCUGCAUGAGGUGUGAACACAUUUGCUUCUUGCUGGUGAUUUAUUCAUAUGGAAAAGGGGGGUCAUCUAUAAUUAUAUCGAAUUAAUGUUUCAUACAUAUUUAUUCAAAUCUUUGCAUUUGCUGAUGUAUAUUUUAUUUGUAAGCAUAAUUUUUACACAUCAGGCAAAGUACGAGCGACAACUGGGGGUAUCACAUAGAAUAAUAAGUAUCGCACGGUACAAACCCAUGCAAGGACCAACAAUUCAUACAUGAUUAUCGGGUUACCUUUUUUGACAGGUUCUUGUCCUUUUAUCCGUUUUUAUCAAGUGAAAGUAUAAAUGUCUUAUCAUGUUAAUGAAUUAUAUUGUUUGUUGGGAUACUGUUAUUGAUGUAACCUAGCAUUGUUCAUUGUACUUUUAUUAAACAUCUUGUAUCGAUUUAAAAAAAAUCAUGCCUUACAUCAGCUUCUUUUAUACUUUAUAUCGUUCUUCGUAAUGAAGAGUCCUCUAUUUAAAGCCUUUUAUUAUGUUAUAUUAUGAAUGAGCUCGUCCUAUCCCAUGUAACUUUUGUAACUUUACAAUGUUUCUCAUUUUAUACCCUUUACUACAUAACUUUACAUAUAGAUUCGAUCGCUGUAUUGGUAAAACGCUUGGGGGUUUUCAUUAUAUACAUUGCAAGGUCUUCUCGUUUUAUACGUGUUGCAGCACAGAGGUUCUAUGUUUUCUCUCGUUUUAUACCCUGCAUCAUGAAUGAUAAAAAAAAAUAUUCAUCCUGAAUAGCCAUAAUUGAUUAUGUAUAUGUAAAAAGUCAGAAGUUAAAUAAAGGCAUUUAAAACUGCUCUUCACAAGAUAUUUUACAGAACCAUAACAUCAAAUUUACCAUUUUGCAAAAAUUUCGCAUUUCGACUAAGGUUGUAAAAUGGUGAAAAAAUACAACGGUACUCCAAUAUUUUACAUUAAUACUUUUUGUUGUGUUCAUGAAUUAUGAUUUUUUAAGUUUAUUUUGUUGAAGAUACUUUAAUAUAUUUUUUUAAGAAUUACAGCAGCAUAAUAUUGUUGAAAAAUAUUGAGCAUAAUAAAAUUAUAUUUAAAUU